AUGUUUAUAAAUCUUGCAAUGAGCUUCUUGAGUAGUUUGAUACAAAAAAAGCAACAUCUUCGGCCUUGUCAAACCACAGUAACUUCUCCAGAUGGCAGAGUUCACAAAGAGAUUAUUAAAGAUGGUAAAUGCGUGCACUUGCCACAGACAGAUUCAUUAGCACCUGGCUAUGUUGUUGAUACGAAUCCUGAUCUGCAGGUUGCUCUUGUAUUACCAGGUCUUUGCUGUGGCUCCCAGGAUGUUGUACAAGAUGCUAAUCUUCUUCAUAAUUAUGGAAUAACACACAUAUUAAGUUUAGGUGUGAGAGUUGAACAGUUUGAUGGUUUUGAGUAUAAAUUUGUUGAAGCUCUGGAUCUACCUGACACAGACAUUGUAUCAUUUUUAGAGCCAAGCUUUGAGUUUUUAAAAAAAGUGAAAGACAGUAAUGGAUGUGUGUUUAUUCACUGCAAUGCUGGUAUAUCUAGGUCUGCUACUCUUGUAAUAGCUUACCUCAUUAAAGAAUGUGGUAUGACAUUUACAGAAGCAUUUGCAUACUUGAAGGAGAGAAGGGAAGCAAUUAGACCAAAUGAUGGGUUCAUCAAACAACUUAAACAGUACGAAAAUUCAUUAAAAACCACAAUUUAAUAGUAUCAACAUUGAUAUAUUAUAUAAUAAUCUCCAGUGUAAAAACAAAUUUGGAAUGUGUGCAAAAAUAUAAAUAAUUAUAUAAUGUAUGUAUAUAUUAAGUACAUCAGUAUAAAUUAUCAGGUCCCCAGUGAAUUCAGUAUGAGCAAAUUCUUACAGUAUUAAAACCCCUUCAGAGUCUCCAAAUUAAAACAGCUUGUUAAAAAAGAAUUGAAAAGUUUAAAUAUUUUUUACAAAUAUACAUUUCAUAUACAUUUUCCAUUAUAGUUUGUACAUUCUUGUUACAUUGGCUAAGCCACUAAGCUGUGGAGUGGUACACGAUCACUUCUGCACCUUUGUUCAUUCUCCGUUUAAGGGUGUUUUUUUUUUUUUUUUAGGAAAAACAUUCUUCAUAAACACAUUUUGUUCAUUGGCAAUGAAUGCCAUAAAUCGACACUGUGAUGUUGUAGUACUGUGACUUUUAUGAUUACAAUAUCCUGAGUCAUCAAUAUCUUAAUGGUACAGGGUGUUAUAAGAUCUAAGCCUGCUGGAUAAAAUUACUCUCAACUUCAUGAUGGAAAUCCAUUUAGAAGUUAAAACUGUUGUGAUUCAAAUAAUUCCUUUAGGUCACAUUCAACUGAGAUUAUAUUACAGUGAUGAAGGUGCUGCUUGUGAUGCAUAAAUUUAUUUGGACUGAUUAGUUUUGACGAAAGCAGAGCAUCCUUGUACUUGAAUAACAGCAACAUAUUUUAAGUAAGCAGGGUUAUUUCAUCAACUCAGCAAGAGGUCUUAUGUUACUAAUACUCUACCAACAUAUGUAAAUGCCUAAAAAUAAAUGCUAUUAAUACUGAGCAUACACCAACAAGGAAUUUUCAUUCCUUACAUAAACUUAAGAAAACAAAAUUAGAUGCUGAACAUCACAGCAAACAAAAAUUAGGAAAGGUACUGCUUGCCUGUAGCUGAAUGAUGUAUGGCAUGUCCCCCCCGCCCCCACGAACACACACACACACACACACACACACACACACACACACACACACACACACACGUGUAUACAUAAAAUAAAAUAAAAAUAACUGAUAACUGAAUGGUAGUAAAAUCAAUGAACAAGUAUGUGUAGUGUUGUCCCACACCAGUCAGCUACAGGUAGAUGACAUUAUAAAGAAAUUUAAAUUUUGUCUGAACAUAAUGUGUGUGAUGUUUCUGUGCAGGUGGUAUGGAACAGACGUAAAGUAAGGAAUCUUAUAAUACAAUCCACUUUACAAGAAUGUUAUUUUCUUUCUGUAUUAAAUCAUAAUAUUUAACUUUGUGUGUUCAAGUAACAUAUUAUAUUGUGUUGUAAAUUAAGCCAUUGUGCAUGGAAUUAGUUAUCUGAGGAAUUUUCAUAUCAGCAAAUAUAAAUUUUAUUUACUGAGCUCUUGAAGGAAGACAUUGUUAACUGCAUUUGUCUUAUUUAUAAACAGAAAAAUUACAUGUUACAUGAAAAAUAAA